UCAACCAUGUCUCAGGAACUGCUUCCCGUGGAGGUGCCGGAAUCACUCUAUUACAUGGAUCCAGGGAAGGCCAGGAUGUUAUUUAAUGCAAAAGGUCUACAGGAUAAGGACUCAGACAUCAAUUCUUUGAGAGAUGGUGGACAGCAAGAAGGAGAUGGAGGAAGUACUGAGCAGGACAAUGGCGAUUUCAAGAUAGAAUACUCUCCCUGCUACCUGCUGACCGUGAGGAUCAUCCGGAUGAGAAAUGUCCAGCGUGGAGACACUUUAACCCAGGCUGAUUGCUAUGUGUCGCUGUGGCUGCCAACUGCAACACGUGAAAAGUCCCGCACUAAAACUGUGAGAAACUCCAACAAUCCAGUGUGGAACGAAACCUUCUAUUUCAGGAUCCAGAGUCAGGUCAAGAACGUGCUGGAGCUGACAGUGUAUGAUGAGGAUUUUGUUACGCCAGAUGAUAAUCUCCUCUGUGCACUCUUUGAUACUGCUAAACUUCCAAUCGAAAGAACAGUGGUCCUGUGUUUUAAGCCCAGCCCAGAGGCUACGGAGGAGCUAGAGGUUGAAUUCAAAUUAGAGCCUGCUCCUGGUCCUUAUGAAACCAUUGCUACCAAUGGAGUGCUGGUGUGUCGUGAACUUUGUUGCUUGGAAGUUGAAGUGGCAGAGAAGAUGCAGCAAAAAUCAAAGAAAGAGCUUUCCCUCACUGUGAAGGGCUCCUUUGAGGGAACACAGGAUAUCACACUGGGCCCUGAUGGAACAGUCAGCCCAUCUGGUCCCACCAAGUUCCACUAUAUCAAGUAUGCAGAGCCAACACUGGAUGUCAUGUUGCCAAAGAAGAGGCGCUACCACCCUUGGGCCUGUAAGUACACUACAGAGACGGGCUCUCCAGCCGUGAUGCUGAAUUCAUUGACCAUGGGAAGGCAAACAACCAUUGCAGAGGAGAAAAGAUUUGACUUGAAUGUGACAGCACAAAACUGUAAUUGUUCAUGCCACCGAGACCUGGACAUGCGCUUUGGGUUUGACUUAUGCUCAGAGGAGAUGACUUUCCUGAGAAAAAGGAAGAGAUACGUAGCAAGUGCUCUGAAAAAUGUCUUUCAUCUACAACAGGAUCUGGAGGAUUGUGAAGUCCCCGUUGUUGCUAUCAUCACGACAGGUGGAGGACUGAAGUCAAUGACAGGACUAUAUGGCAGCAUAUUGGGACUCAAGAAAUUAAAUCUCCUUGACUGUGUAACAUACAUCAGCGGGCUGUCUGGCACCACAUGGACCAUGGCCAACUUAUACAGAGAUGCCUACUGGUCACAGAAGGACCUAGACUCACAAAUUGGUGAAGCCCAGAAACAAGCAACCAAAUGCAAGAUGGGCUGUUUCUCUAUGGAUCGUAUGAAAUACUACAACAAGCAGCUUUGUCAGCGUAAAGAAGAGGGAUACAGGACAUCGUUUAUAGAUCUUUGGGGGCUCAUGAUUGAGUACUUGCUGAAUGAUGGGAAAGACCCCCACAAACUUUCAGAACAGCAAGAAGCACUGUGUGACGGCCAGAACCCACUGCCCAUCUAUGUGUCAGUCAAUGUCAGGAACAGCUACAGCACCAAUGAUUUCAAAGAGUGGGUGGAAUUCACGCCCUAUGAGGUAGGACUUCCAAAAUAUGGCGCAUUCGUCCGCACAGAGCAUUUUGGAAGUGAAUUCUUCAUGGGACGCUUGUUGAAAAAGCUCCCCGAGUCCCGGAUCUGCUACCUGCAAGGUAUGUGGAGCAGUAUAUUUUCCGUGAACCUAUUACAAAUAUGGGGAUUGUCUCACAGUUCAGAGGACUUCUGGAAGAGAUGGACACAAGACAGAAUAGAAGAAGUUGAUGAAGACCCAGUGUUGCCUACAAGACCCCACGAGCUGAGGACUCGCAUGUACACUCCUCCUGGCCCCCUGUCCAGUGCCCUUCGGGGAGCAUUGACCGACCGCUUCUCCGUGGCACAGCACCACAACUUCCUGAAGGGCUAUCAGCUGCAUAGCAACUACAUGGAGAAUGAGCACUUCUGUCGAUGGAAAGACACUGUGUUAGACUCACGUCCCAACCAGCUGAUGGAAAACUCUGAUCACCUGGGCAUGAUAGAUGCUGGAUUUUUCAUCAAUACCAGCAGUCCACCACUUUUAAGGCCACAGAGGGCAGUGGAUGUCAUCAUAUAUUUAAGUUACACUACUGGAUCACAUACAUCGUCUCUAGAUAAGGCGUACAAAUACUACUCAGAGCAGAAAAUCCCAUUCCCCAAAAUUUCUUUGACUGAUGAAGAUAAGAAAAACCUGAAAGAGUGCUACAUCUUCCAAGAGUCAGAUUUGCCAGGAUGUCCAAUAGUGAUUUUUCUUCCCCUUGUGAAUGAUACCUUCCAAGAGUACAAAGCACCUGGUGUCAAGCGCUGUUGCUCAGAGAUGGAGGAAGGACAACUUGAUUUAAACAGUCGUUUUUCCCCUUACUGCAUGUUCUCCGUCAGGUACACGGAUGAGAAUUACCGCAAGCUGCUGAACCUCAGUGAAUACAACAUCCUGAACAACUCACAGAUGAUUAUGCAGGCCUUGCAGAUAGCGAUGGAAAGAAAAAGACAAAAUAUGUGCUAAUCACCCCUCCAACUGCCCCUAUCUUCUCAGAGGAGUUUUUCAUGCUCUAGGACACAGAAGGGACAUACAGUUUUGAACACUGGCCGUUCUGCACUACAGAAAGAAACUACCCCAGGUGGCUCAGUGGUUUGUUGGAGUUCUUUUUUCCAUUCCCAAGAAGUGGCCUCUAUAGGCAAACACAUUGCCUGGGACAUUCUUACAUAUGCUUUGUUCCAUAAAUUAAGAUUGUCUAUAGAACACUCUUUAACCUAAAAUCCUUGUUAGAUUUUUUAAAUAGUGUUACUUUAAGACUAACUUAUUAUACUGUAUGAUAUAUAGGAAAAUAACUUUUUAGCACCAUAGUGCUGCAGUGGUACAACCCAACCAACACGCCUAGAGGCCGAAAGAAGGGGGUAUAAACUUCUGCUUCUUACAAUUCUUCUUUGUGGAACACAAGGUGCAUCCAACCCUGGAAAAUGAAAAAACACCUGAGACACGACUAGAAGAUGGCACUGGAUCCCUGGGUCAACUCUGUUUCGCAAGUGUCCUAAAGAGCAGCUGCAGAGGUUGGAAGUGUAAGAGGGACAGUGUGUGCACAUAGCCAGCCCCAUGAAUCAUGUCCACCUCCUGGCCUCUCUUAGGCUAUACAUAGAUGGGAAGGACCUACUUAGGAGGAAGUGGUGUAAGUUUUUUUAAAGCGAAAGGUGUAAUUUGGGCACAUCAAAAUUUCCUGUGAAUUUAUAUCACAGGUUUGAUUGUUUUGUGUUGAGCCAGUACAUAAAAAAGUCAACAGUUUAUUUUGAAGCUUUCAAAAUAAAUCACCCUGGAUUUUUCUUCCCCAGUUGAGUUACUUCUCAUAUUAAAUUUCCUUUCUUAAAUUAAAAAGAAAGAGUGCUUGACAUGAAAAUAUUUUACUGCCAGUAGACAAUGAAAACUUUGUUGUUUUACUCAAUACAAUUUGUUUAAAUAGUUUAGGACAUAUACUUGUCAACAAAAAUGCUAAUUUGUUCAGUCCUACCUGUUCAAACUAUGCAGAUAAACAGGAUUGAGUAGUCUGCAACAACUAAGACCAUCUUAAAACAGUCUGGACAGAUGGUUCAUGGGAUCUAGCACAAAGCCACCAUUAAUAUUUGUUGUAGGUUUGCAUUUUUAAACUUUCUUCAUUUUUUCUUUUAUGGAAAAUGGUUUUUUUUGAACUGUUGAAAGUGCUGAGAGUGACGUGUAAAAAUUAUGAGUCCAUAACAACCUUUGCAUUGCAGGAUCAAGUCAAAUUGCACAUACACUUUUUUGUGAAUGAGUUUUGUGUCCUAAUGACAGCUGGUAAAAUUAUAAACAGAGAGUCUAUUCAGUGAAAAAAGAAAAUCUAUCAACUAUAUGUCAUAGUCCAGGAUUAAAAUAAACCAGGGAAAGUGCUUGGGUAAGUUGAAACAUUUCAUGCUAAUGUUCUAUGAGACGUCAUUCUUUUUUUUUUUUAACAGCUUCUUUUUAAUAGAUUGCCUACCUCGUCAGCCCAGGAAACCCAACCUGAAAACAACAGGUUUCAUUUACAGUCAAAUAACAUGUUUGGCUUGGUGCAAAAUGACAUUGUGAGGAUUUUUAUUUUGUCAAGUAGUAAUGACAAAUUAUCUCUACAAAUUGGUUCACAAUGACUUUUGCCAACACUUUUGUAAUUUAUGUUGUCAGACUAAACCUUACUUUUUGUGCAACUCCAGCCUAAUGUCGUAUGCUUAAAGAUCAGAGCAUAAAUAUUAACAUUUGAAACUCUUUAGGUUUUGAAUAAACACACUUUUGCUGGGAUUUUUUUGUUUGGUAGUUUCAGUAGUCAUAAUCAGAAAUAUGAUGCUAUGUGCUCUGCAUAUAACCCUGGGAAUUGCCUCCAUUUGUAUUUGAAAUCCCUGGUGUGAAAAAAUAAACAGAGUUCGUGGCCAUAAACUUGUACCACCUCCAGCUCUGAAGAAAUGUUAUUUACAUGCAAAUAUUUUGUGUAUACAAUACUGGACAAUAAAGGCUUGUUUGCGAAAUGGUAA